AUGACCCCGUAUAUCAGAUUUCUUUUUAAGGCGGGGGAGGUGGGAGGUCGAUUUAUUGUGCUAUGGUACUUGGGUCUCAGAAGAGUAGUAUUAGCUCUACUCUACAUGGUUGGAGAACGUUUUCUACAAGUUCUGGAAGAAACAAAAACGAUGCUGAGGAGCAGAAUGGACACUCCUAGGGGAAGAAAUGACGUGGUUGAGCCUAUGAUUAGAGCGUAUCAGCAUGGUGUACGUCAUUCUUUGCCACUGAAUUCAGGAACGGGAAUCCCACAUGCGCAGACUAACUCUUCAUAGGAUCUCACGUUCGACCAUGCGUUUGGUGCUACGAACAGCUUGAUAACUGCCGGGUCAGAAACUUCGGCUUGGGCUCUGACAGCGUUUGUAUACUGCGUUGCUAACGGCCCGGCGUGUCUUGCCAAGCUGGUCAACGAGCUUCAAUCGAAGUUUGACUCAGAGGAUGAAAUCUGUUUGGCUAAAACAGAGAAACUGGCUUACUUGAAUGCAUGCAUCAAGGAAUCAAUGAGACUGUACCCCUCGGUUGCAGAAGGUCUUCCACGGGUGGUAAUAAAAGGAGGCCGGGUAAUAGCCGGCAAAUAUAUCCCAGAAGUAGUAAGUCUACCAAGCAUGUUCGGUAUCACAAGCUUGACCUUGAAAGCUGACUUCGCUGGCCAGUCUAUCGUGUCGAUCAGUGUUUAUGCUGCCUCGCAUCUAUGUGAGAAUUUCCGGAAGCCUUUCGAAUUCCAUCCCGAGAGAUUCCUCGGUCAUAAGGGAUCUGCAGAUGACAAACUAGAGGCAUUUCAGCCUUUCUCAGUCGGACCUAGGAGCUGUGUUGGUAGAAAUUACGUGGCAGAGAAUGCCGUAUCCCUGUCUUCCGAUACUAGAUUAUUUGUGUUGUUAUUGCAGUGCGUAAUUUCUAGGCUAUAA